AUGUCUCACAUUCCUUCGUACCAGGGUCGUUCGGGCUCAGAUCGUCAGUUACAGCUGCCAAACAGUCAGAGCGAGAUUGAGUUGCAGAGCUAUAGCGACAGCCUCACAGACAAUCAUGAUACCGAACAUGAUUGCCCUGCGAGUGACUACGACCGACUUGUAGAAACACCUGUAACGAAUUCUGAGACCACAAUAUGGGAACAGGGCUUCUGGGCACAGUUCCCCACUCUUGGUUUGUUUGCGCUCUUCGGUGUAUUGGCAAGCACCGUAGCUAUGAUAGUCAUCCUCGAACAUAGUGACGGAAAGAGACUGGAGGAAUGGCCAUACAACACCCUCAAACCAUCCGUAUACUUGUCCAUCUUGUCCGCAAUGGCCAACACAUUGCUAGCCUAUGCUCUAACAGAAGGACUAGUCACUUCUUUCUGGAGAACCGCUUUGCACGGACGUACUCUACGUGAGCUCAAUCAGAACUGGUUGUGCGGACAGUCUCUGUAUCGCGCUCUACUCCAGGGUUACCAUACUGGAGGAAGAAUCACAGCUGCAGCAUAUGUACUCUCAGCGCUUUCUUUCACUCGUGGUCCUUUGAAACAAGCAGCUUCGUCUGUGUCAGCUAACCAGACAUAUCUUGAGAACGGCAAUCUUUCAAUUGCAGUUGCACAGCGCUUGCCCAACAGGUAUACUGCGUUGGGCGGAGAGGGCCUUCACAUGUACCAGAAAGCCCCAGGGAUUACUACCAACUUCACCAAGAUUAUGCAGGACUACUCGUUGCAAAUCCCUAUUCACAUCGACCUCGAUAACCACCUUUGUGUUCAGAACGAUUGUAAAACAUCGAUAAAGGGCUUUGGUUUCAAUGUUGCCUGCAACAGCAAAGAUAUUCCUAACAGCACGAAUAGUUCUGGGUAUGAGGCUUUCAAGAUUUCCACAGAACUGAAGACUAUCAACGAAGAAGACCCUGAGUCUACUGGAAAUUAUAUAUCCUCAUACGUCUUCCACGAUGUGGGCAUAACCUUGACUGCUGUGCUCAAGGACCGGCCGCAAUCCGAUGAUGUUGGAAGCAUAGUGAAUUUUAAACACCACAGUUGCGAUCUGACUGGUGGAAUCGUUGAGUAUCAAGUGCGCAUCCUUAAUCAAAUAAUAACGUUGAGUGCUGAACGCUCCAAUGAUCGGUUCUUGGAAACCAUAUCACCACUGUGGGGGCUCGGUGCAAUGAGUCCGGGUAGUGUCAUGGGCGGCUUUCACUACGCUGCAGACUAUCUCUUCACAUCCGACGUCCAAUAUACAAGAAAACCGACAGAUACAUAUACCUUCACCGGCGCUCUGGCAAAUGAAAAUGUCAUCGAAGAAGAAGCGGGAUUCAAACAUUUCCAAAACCCGAUGGAUAGAAUGCUCGACAACAUGAGAGAAAUCGCCUUCCGUACAGCGGUAGAUGUAGGAAGAGACCCAGGCCUGCAAAACGAAACAGAUGCGUUACAAAAUGUCCCAUAUGAGGGAGAGGGUAGACAGUCUAUUUACAUUACGGAUACCCGUUUCAUGAUAGCGGCGGCCAUCCUAAGUCUGUCAAGCAUUGUUGCGGUAGCAACGACCUUCUACGGCUGGUGGAAGCUAGGACGGACCGUGUCGCUGAACCCAUUGGAAUUAGCCAAGGCUUUCGAUGCGCCUCUGCUUAGAGAAGUAGGUAGCAAUAUCACUGUACUAAAUCCAAAAGCACUGGGGCCUACGGGUUUGCAGCGCGUACAGUACGGGGAGCAACCAAGCAGUUACGGUGACGAUCUUAAAGCGAGUAGGAAGACUGCGCACAAGAGACUAGUCAUCGGGACGUUGGGGAUGUGA